AUGACCUCAAACUUCGCUCCAGACUUCAAUCACACGGCCUUAGUACAAUGGCCAAGUUCGACGGUCUCACCGCAUGCUCCGAUCCUCCGACCCCUCCCGGCCGUGGGAAGCCAAAGUUCUGUAACGAGCCUAGCCGAUUUCGAGGAAGAGAGCCAGGAAACAUCUACGGCUGUUGUCAAAUGGUCUCGGUCAGAAUUCACUAUCUGUAGGCGAUGCUCACCACCGCAUUCUCAUCGGGACUUCGAUUUCAAUGAAUCAAUCGACUCUCUGGAGAACAAGUUCCCUCUGGCCCAGACGGAUUACCUUGAUAUGCGGACGUUUUCAGGUAACGCAAGACUUGAUGAGCACUUGAGCGCUGAACUCCAUAAACUCACUGCCAGCCAGUGGGCCGCGCCCUGUUAUAUGCAAUGCUCAAAGGACGCAAGGCGAGACGCGCUAGAGCGCAGCAAAGCACAUUCAAUGGAUGCUCUACAGUAUGCCCUGGAGCACAAUAAUGAGUUCAUUCUUCCGGCACUCAGCUGGGUGAUACUGGUAUUGGGACAAACCGAACGAAAGCAGCUACUGGCCCAUUUCCUCAGGGAUAGCUGCGCCCUCAUUGACAGGCAGCCUCGGGUGCGACGGAGCUUCACUUACGCCACACCCUUCCGCUAUGCCUGGGCCUGGGCGAGAGACGACGAGGAAGACAUGAACCGCGUUGGUGACGAUCUGGAGCGCUCGCACAUACAGAUCGGGCAGAUCUGGGGCACCGAGCAUCCGAAUUACUUUGUCAGUGGUUAUCUCUUUGCGUGGCAUCUGAUUCGCAAGGGCGAGUACGACAAAGCCAUUCGGAUGCUAACCGAAAGUCUACCGGUUUGCGAAAGAAGGAUGGGUCGACACGAUCUGCUAACUGUCAGUUGCCUGGCUGUUGUUUCUCGAGCACAUUCCGAGAUAGGGAAUCUCCGGUUGGCUGUCGAGUAUUGCCAGAGGGCGAUGGCGGCCACGGAAUUGCUUGUCGCCGACCAACAUCGCAGCGAAGUCCAUCAAGUCCAUCGCCCCGUACUGAAAAGGUUCAGCUUGGAAUUGCUGGAACGGCGUGCCUCUCUGACGCUCCACCUGCGUGACCACCUCAGUGCGGAGAAACAGAUGUGGCGAGUCCUCCACCUCCGUGGUCAUCUCGACGGCCUAGACAGUGGUGGCACUUGGAGUGCGGCCCAAAAGUUGGGGCCGAUGCUCGAGGGAAGAGGAUACACGGCUGCGUCGGAGAAACUCAUGAAUUUCAUCCGGGAGCGAUAUCGAUGGGAACAACUCAAUGCCUGGUACAGAGAGGAUGCAAAGACGCGGCAGCCUCCCCCGCAACCACCAGCUCCACCUUGCUGGUGGCCAUUCCGCCGCAAAGACGGGCAAAUGGGAUGUCCCGCAUGUCCCGACACCCAGCCCGAGGCUGAGCAAUCCUACAACUUCUCGACUCGCCGCAUCCAGUCGCGCCAUCAUCUGGAUCCGUGUUUCGGUAUGUUGUUGGAUACAGAGUGUUGA